AUGGUGGAAUCAGAGCUAUCGUCAUCAACAAGUCAUAUGCCAAUUAUUCUUGACAUAUUAUUUUUAAUUGCUGAAAUAAUGUUAGAAUCAUUUAAAAUUCAAAAUGAAUGUAAAAUUUAUAUUCAUCAUUCAUCAAAAUAUUAUCAUGAAAUGAUCAAAGAACGUAUUGAAUUGUUUAUGGAAAUAUUACACUAUGCAUCCAUAGCAAUUUUAAGUUUUUUUCUUAUUGAACUAUCAUUUAGAAUUUAUACAUCUGGAAAAGAAUUUUGGAAUAUUCGAAGAAAAAAAAUGGAAUAUUUUGAUGGAUUCAUUGUUAUUACAUCAUUAAUUAUUGAUUUGUAUUUUUUAUAUAAAGAAAAGAAAAUUUUGAGUAAAAGAAUACUUAUAUUUUCAAUUCGUUUAUGGCGUUUUAUUAGAAUUAUUAGUAGUGUAGCUGAAAGUGUACGUAAUAAACAACUAAAACAUAAACGACGCUUAAAUAAACAAUAUCUGAAUGCUAUUCAUCGACUCGUGGAUCUUCUUGUACAUAAAACAAAUUAUGUUGAAAAUAAUAGAGAACAUUUGAAUUCUACACUUGAACAUUUGCAUAUAAUUGAUGCUCAAUGUCAAUCAUCAUUCGAUAAACUUGAGGCAGAAGUUCAACAUCGUCUAUUACAAUCUAUGGAAGGCAAUAAGAAUUCAGCAGAGGCCAAGAAGCUUCAUAACAGUUUGAGAUCAAUAUGA